AAAGAUAAGCAAAGCCACCUCCCGGUGCCUGGGCUGGAAUCUGCAGGGAAGCAGAGGGGGGAAUCACAGGCAGGGAUGAGACUGAUAGGAUUUUUGUGGAAGGAGUGAAGGACGCCUGGAGUCCGCCUGAGCUAUGGCGCUGCUGUGCUACAACAAGGGCUGCGGGCAGAGGUUUGAUCCGGAGCACAAUGCCAAGGAUUCCUGUCUGUAUCACCCAGGCAUCCCUAUCUUCCAUGAUGCCCUGAAGGGCUGGUCUUGUUGCAGGAAACGCACAACAGACUUCUCUGAGUUCCUCUCUAUAAAGGGAUGCACAAAGGGGUUUCACAGCAAGGAGAAGCCCCCUGAGCCUUUCAGCCAAGAGGAGACCUCAAACAAACCAAAGGCCAAACCAGUGGAGGAGCUCAUCAUCCAAGGACCAAAAUCAGCUGAGAAGAUGCAGAGGGAAAGACCAAGCUCUGAUGAGCCCAGACGACUGCUGCCAAUUAAAGUAGCCAGGUCUCUGGAGCAGGCACUGGAGAAACUGAACUUGUCCUCCAAGGACGAGGCACCUGCAGGCACAGGGGAGGUGGCUUCCCAGGUGAGAGCUGGCACCACCUGCAAGAACGCAGCCUGCAAGGCGGUCUACCAGGGCCCAGAAAGCAACACAGAAGUUUGUACUUUCCAUCCUGGCGUUCCUGUCUUCCAUGAGGGGAUGAAAUACUGGAGCUGCUGUGGAGUCAAAACAACGGAUUUCACUGCCUUCCUGGAGCAACCAGGCUGCAGCAGCGGGCAGCACUGCUGGACAGGGAAGGGGCAGGACAAGAAGGCGGUGUCGUGCCGGCAGGACUGGCACCAAACCAGCAGCCACGUCGUGGUUACAGUCUACGCCAAGAACCCCCUGCCCACCCUCAGCCGCGUGAAAGCCAACCGCACGGUGCUUGAGGUUCAUGUCAUCUUCGAAGGGAAUAAGGUUUUUGAGGCAGAACUGGAUCUCUGGGGGGUCAUUGAAAUAGAGAAGAGCUUUGUGAGCAUGGUCCCUACCAAGGUGGAGAUCACGCUUUGCAAAGCCAGCCCUGGCUCCUGGGCCAUGCUGGAGCUGCCCCAGAGUAAGCUGCAGCCCCGCGGUGAGCAGGAGAAGGAGGCUGUGGAGGCAGAGGAGCCCAGGGCAGAAGAGGAGGACGACUCGGAUGACAGCUUGAGCUGGUCGGAGGAAGAAGAAGACUAGCUGAAGUCGGAACACGGAGCCUCUGCCAGCGCAGAGCCCGGGCAGCGGGGCGGUGCGGGCUGCUGCGCUGACGGGGACCCCGCAGCAGCGGCAGGGGGGCAGCCCCAGCCCGGAAGCCUGUGCAGGCUGCAGCACGGCCGCUGCCCCGCUCCGAAGGGGCAGUAAUAAAAACCCAGAGCAAAGGUUA